AUGUCUGUGCUGCUCUUAGCUCUGUCGAACCCCUGCUCAAAUUCAUCACUACACCACAUGGAUGGAAGGUGCCCGCUGAGGGGAUUUGGAGGAAGCACACACUCCAGGUUUGCGACAGGACUGUGA